AUGGACGAAGCGAAGGAAAACUUGGGGCACGUUACCGUGACGGUCACACCACUGGUCACACAUUUCUUCUGCUGCAUGAACCCCAUCCCGCUCCUCCGCGCUCAGACCAACUCCCUGCCGGCAAACGGCCACGGCGCGUUCGUUCCGCAAAUUCGAAAACUCGUGUUUGAGUACUGCAAUGACUGGCCGUCGUCUGCGCCAACGCGCACUUUUCUGAGCCGGAACCUUGUUGCGUUUGCGAGGGAGCAUCCACAUGUGGAGAUUGUAGUGAAGCAGCGGAAUAGAAAGGAGCCAAUAGUGAGGGGCUUCUAUGCAAAUGGACGAGACAAAGUCAUCGCGCUGAACAAACUACAAGUAACUGGCAUCGAGCAAAAGUUGCAACUGCUACUUGACUCCUCGGGGAUGAAGAUAAAGCCGCUGAAGCGGAGGACAGUAGAGAGCACCACAGAGGCGGCCCGUGGUAUUUGGAGCGGAUUACACGCAGCACGACCAACAUUAUAA